AUCUAUGCAACAGGGAUGACAGCAGCUACUGAAGAUUAGACAGGGUCUGAGUGUCUACUCUCUAUGUCAGAUUGGGUGCCUACCUGGCGCACUGAGGAUGUGGAGGAGUGGGGAGGACUGAGGCUGGAGCAAUGGGGUACCUGGGCUUUUCCUCAAGGCACUGAGGAGCCAUGGCAGGUUUUGGGCAGGUUAGGAACAGGGUCAGGUUUAUACUUGAAGAAGACCCUCCUGCCUGUGAUUGUGGCAUGGUCGGAAGAAGGCAAGGCUGGGGCAAAGUGGUGGGGGGUAUAGGUGAUGCCCAGAUAGGUACCUGCAGCAGAACCACCUUUGUGUGUCUCAUGAAUAGACCUGGCAUUGCAGGGAUCUGGACCAGUGCUGUUCAGUGGAAAAUAAUGCAAACUGUAUGUGUAAUUUAAAAUCUAGUAGCCACAUUUAUAAAGUCAAAAAGAGAUGAUAAAAUAAGUUUUAUUUAAAAUACAUCCAAAAUAUUAUCACUGUAACAGGUAAUCAGCAUUCAAAGAUCAUUAUUGAGUUAUUUCAUAUUCUUUUCCUUUACUAAAUCUGAGUUGGAUCUGGGGCGCCUGGUUGGAAAGGCUGAAGGGAGAGGUCCUUUUGGUCACAUGGCUUGAGCCUUGAAUGCCAGGCCCAGAGGCUUAGACUCGGUGCCACUGGAGCCAUUCGCAGGGUUCUGCCAGUUGUUUUUCAGGGUGAGGUGAUCCCACUGCCAUUUCCCUUCUGCCGGAAAUUUCGGCCCCCAGGGUUCCCAAGUAAAGCUUUCAGAUCUUUCUGCUCGCUUCCUUCCGCCCUGGAGUCUUCAAUCCCCAAGCUGCUUAGCCCUUUAAAUCUCAACUGUCAAUCGUGGCUCGUUUAGAGGGAAUGUCAUGUAAUAACCUCUCCUUGAAUGCCGUGGCCUCUGUCCUGGCUUUGUUCUUCCGUUUAGCUGGAAGUUAGGAAUUGUUCCAUGUUCUCUUACCCUCUGCUGUUUCCACACCCUCUCCGUCACUUCUCGCCUACUCCUCCCUCUUUCGAAGUUGGGCCCCUUCGCCAAGGCCUUCCUUAUAUGGGCACGGCCCCGAACGGCAGCCACUCAUUGGCUGGAAGUGUCACGCGCGCGUCUGUCAACAAAGGGGCGGAGGGGAAACGUCGCGCGACAGCCGGAGGAAAGGAGCGAGGGCGGGGCAGGCUCUCUUCUCUCUUGUGCGCAUGUGUGCCACCGGCACCCACGAAGCAGGGGGCGGGGCUCGCGCGUGAGGGAGCUCUAGGGGCGUAUCUAGGCUUCGAGGGUCGCUUGUGUGGGAUUGGCGGAUUCUGGGGAUUUUUAUAAGAUUUGGGGGUUCCCUUUGCAUUUAAGCGAUGUAUUUGGGCUUGGGGAAGUGUUUGUGUAGGUGUGGGGAAUACUCGGGGUUCCAUUGAGGUUUGGGUUUGUUUGUUUUGUUGUGGAAGGUUCUGUUGUGGAAGGGGUGUCCUUUGUGGUUUCAGAUAUUUGGUGAUAUAUGAUUUAGGGAGCUCACGGAGAGAGUUAGAAGUGAAGAAUCCAAGAGUACCAGUUAUGGCGCCAGAAUGCCUGGGCUUUUUUCCACCUUGUCUGACGCCAGAUUUGGGAUUCAGCCUUUCUGUGCCUCAUCUGGGCACAGAGACACACUAAUACACCAUUUGCUUCAGAGGAACCAGGGAAGGUUAGGAGGAAUUGCUGGCACAGUACCUAAUAAGCUCACAGAGAGCAUGCAGUGAGCUUGUGUCUUCUAUUACAACAUUUGUGAGGUUUCUUUAGGAGUAUUUGGGGAGGUCCUACAAAGUUUGGAAUUGGUCUUAUGUGUUAGGAAGGUUUUUUGUUUCAGUGAGUUAUUUUGUGGUUGGAGGGCUUCUGUGGAAUUAAGAGAACACAUGUCGGGGUUUAGAGGUGAGCAUAGGAUUUCAGGAAAUUGGUCGUUUGGGGCAUCUGUGUAGUUGGGAAAUUGCCGUGUGUAUUGGAGUUCUUGGUGGGCAUGAGAUUUGUGAGGGGUUCCAUGAGAUUGGGGCUUUCCAUGCUGGAGGGGCUAUUUAUAAGUUUGGAAGUUUGAUGUAGGAUUUGAAAGGGUCUGGGCAUUUUGGGGGGCAUUGAUAUUCUGUCGAUAAGGGUAGGAACUGAUUGGGGGAUUUCACGGGUGGCCAAUUGUAGAGUAAUAGGAUCUACAGAAAAUGGCCUUUGCUGUGUUAGCAUCUAUUCCUGGACAUUUAGAUGUAUUGGUGGUUGGUAAACUUAGCCAAAAACUUAGUUUUAGGAGCUGUAUGAUUUGUCUAGCAAGAAACUGAUUUCAGCAGGGGCUGUAAAUAUUUGAGGGAUAGGUGGUAUUAGGGAUUAUGGAGGCUAAGGAUUUUUAGGGUUAGGAUUCUCUUUGUGACUGAUGUCUGUGGGUGUUAGGAGGCCAUCUAGAUUCUGAAUGGUUUCUACAGGACCAUGAAGUGAUGGGGUUUUAAUGUCAUCUGUGGAAUUGAGAGGGACAGUCUUUAUUGCAGAGUUCAGCACACUUUUCCCAUAGUGGUCCAGAUAAUCAAUAUUGUAGGCUUUGUAGAGCCAUAUAUUCUCUGUUGCAACCACUCAAUUCUGCCAUUGCAGCAUGAAAGUAACUAUAAGCAGAUGAGCAUGUUUCAAUAAAACUUAAUAUCCAAAGACAGGCAGUGGACCAGAUUUGGCCCAUGGGCCAUUGUUUGCUGACCCCUGGUCUAUAGGCUUGUGGAAGGUUCAAGGUUUGGAGGGUAUUUUGGUUUCAGGAUGUCUGGAGGGAGAUGAGCAGGGAAGGAUUGAGACUGAGAGAUGUGCCACUUGUUCAUCCUGCAGUAGAAAGCGAUCAUGUCAGACUCCUUAACACAGUUGUCUGCAGAUUGGCUCAUGCACCCAUAGCCAUUGCAAAAUAAAAUGGUCAUUAUAAGACAGCCCUGAAUUGAAAAGUGGAGAAACCCAAGUUGGAGGGCCUGGUUUUGUGCCAUGUAACCCUGCCCUCCUCUGAGCCUCAGUUUCCCUGUGUACAACUUGAAGAAGAGGCUAGACUAGCAGGCCUUAUCCCAGGGAUUUGUGGCUAUGCUGAAGAGAAUUACCUGCACAGUCUUGUGCAAGUGUGUGCAUUUUUCUGGAUGAGGAUGUGCAACUUUGAGAUUAUCAAGGAACCCCAUGAACGAACAAAGUGAAGAGCCAGUUUCUUAAGGGCCUGUCUGGCUCUGACCCCACAUUUUCUUCCCCCACCCAGCCCACCUCGUUCCUUCCUGUGUGGGCUCAAGCAGCCAUGGCCGUGGGCAGGGCUGGGAAUUCUUGCCUUUUCAGGAACUGCCUACAGGGUGGCCUUUGGAGCCCCCCACUACCAUCCAGGUCCUGAGAGGCAGUGCACUCCUGCCUUCGGCUGCCAUUCCCCAGAAUGGACCGUGGUGGCCUCCUGCCCUUCCAGCUGUGGUGUCCCCGGCCCUUUGGCACCUAUUCACAGAACCAGCCACGCCCACCUUCCACGGCCCUCAAGCCUUCAGCCUGCUCUGAGCCAGGCAGUGGAGCUGAGCCAGACCACGGGCCUGCUCGCUCAGAGAACACACCGCCCGCCUUGGCCACGGAGGCCCCAGCCUCCCAGCCUGCCCCUCUCCUCUCAGCAGCAGCUGCUGGCGAUGAGGGUCGAGUCCUGCUGGACACAUGGUAUGUUAUCAAGCCUGGAAAUACAAAGGAGAAGGUGGCUUUCUUUGUGGCCCACCAGUGUGGUGGGGGUAGCCGGGCCAGCUCCAUGAAGGUCAAGGGGCACUGGGGCAGUGACAGCUCCAAGGCCAAGCGAAGGAGGCGCUGUCUGGAGCCUACCAAGGCUCCACCUGACCCAGGGGGCCGGGAGGGGGCCCCUGCUGCUGAGGGGGCCCCAGCCUCAGCUGGUGAGGACGUAGACCUGCUCUCUGUGGCCGAGAUGGUGGCUCUGGUGGAACAGCGGGCUGCCCUGGCCCUGCAGAACUACCCGCGCCCUGGCACCCCAGCCCCUGUGGUCUUUGUGUCAGCUGAGCAGGGUGGGCCUGCCAAGGGCCUGGGGUCGGAACGGCGGUCUGGUGGUGGGGACUGCAACCGUGUGGCAGAGGCAGUGGCCCACUUUGAGGCCCAGCGGGACAACCCUCCAGCCAAGGGCCUCCGCAAGGAGGAGAGGCCUGGGCCAGGCCCUGGGGAGGUACGCAUCGCCUUCCGUAUCUCCAAUGGCCGAGAGCCCCGGGCACCAGAUGGCAGUUUGCCCAAUGGGAGCGGGGGCCGGCCCAGUUGUGCCUACCCUGGCAGCCCAGGUCCUGGGACCCGAGCCAAGGACAAGAUCACCUGCGACCUGUACCAGCUCAUCAGCCCCUCUCGGGAUGCCCUCCCCAGCAACGUGGAGUUCCUCCUGGCUAGGGCGGAUGAAGCCAGUGAGGGUGAGACCCCAGCCCCUGCCAGGCCCGAGGACACUCCCCCAGCUCCCCCUCCACCCCCUGCCCGGGACUGUGGAGCAUCAGGCUUCCACGUGGAUGUGGUGGUGACAGGCGUGGUGGACGAGUGCAUCUUCUUUGGCAAGGAUGGCACCAAGAAUGUGAAGGAGGAGACAGUGUGCCUGACUGUCAGCCCUGAGGAGCCACCCCCACCUGGCCAGCUCUUCUUCCUCCAGUCCCGUGGGCCAGAUGGGCCCCCGGAGCCACCCCCAGCUGACUCACCAGCCACGGCACCGGGCCCGGACGAUGCAGAGGGGACAGCGGACACCUCCCUGUGCCGCCUGUACCGGCACGUGUCGCACGAUUUCCUGGAGAUCCGUUUUAAGAUCCAGCGGCUGCUGGAGCCGAGACAGUACAUGCUGCUGCUGCCCGAGCAUGUGCUGGUCAAGAUCUUUAGCUUCCUGCCCACACGGGCCCUGGCCGCCCUCAAGUGCACCUGCCACCACUUCAAGGGCAUCAUCGAGGCAUUUGGUGUGCGUGCCACAGACUCACGCUGGAGCCGAGACCCACUGUACCGGGAUGACCCUUGCAAGCAGUGCCGCAAGAGAUAUGAGAAGGGCGAUGUGUCACUGUGCCGCUGGCACCCCAAGCCCUACCACCAUGACCUGCCUUACGGACGUUCCUACUGGAUGUGCUGCCGCAGAGCCGAUCGUGAGACACCUGGCUGCCGCCUGGGUCUGCACGAUAACAACUGGGUGCUGCCCUGCAAUGGACUGGGCGGGGGUGGGGGCCGGACUGGCCGGGAGGAGGGUAGGUGAAGCCGGGGGAGGCGGGGGGAGAGCCCACCAUGCCCACCCCCGCCCCCUCUCCCUGGGAGUCAAGGGCCAGGACUGGGUCACCAGCUUAUACCCCCAGUCCAGGCAGCGUUGAUCCCCUUCCAGAACUGAGAUGGGGUUCCGGGGGGUGACCCAAGAAAGCACUCUGAUUGACUUACCCCUAUUGGUUUUCUACUUUUCAGACCCAGGGCCGUGGACCCUCAAGUAGGGUGUUUUUUAUCAGCAUCUCAAUUUCUUCUCUAUUCAACCCCAAUACCCUCCCUGCCACUCUCUACACCCUAGGGACCCACCAGCAGGGAGCAGACGGCAGCUAAUCUUGGUACUACUAAAGGGUUCCCCCAUUCUGGCCCCCUUCUGCGCCCUCCCCCCUUCUCCAUCUCUGGAGCUGUAUCCGUAUCCUCCCAAAAGGCUGCAGCACCCAAGGUUGGUACCUCUCCUGACCUACCACACCAGGGCUCCCCUCUAGGAAUUGGGGGGGCAUCAGGUCAGAGAUCAAAUUUGGCACUUUUCAUGGCAGCCUGCCAUUUCUAGAUGCUUUCCCCAUUGAAACAGUAAAAAUCACUGUAUUUUUCCCCUUAACCUCAAGCUACCGGUCUCUCCACUUCCCUUAAGGGGGAGGAGAAAAAAAAAGUUCAAGUAGAAAAUUCCCCUCCUCCCAUUAUUUAAACUAUUGCCAUCACUCUCCUCUCCCGCAAAAAGCUGUGAAGCCCUUUGCCUCGCUCUUGACAGCGUGGGGGGCCAGUGGGCAGGGACUGUGGGUUGGAUUUUCUGGGUAGUUUUUCCUUCCACUGGGUACUUGUUCAGGCAUUGGGGUCUCUCCUUCCCCAGCCACAUGUUUCUUUAGAAUCCUUUGGUCAACUGGACCUUGAUUUUCAGGCAGUUUGGGGUAUUUUUGUUCUGUUUGGGGUUUCUUUUGUUUUUGUUUUUUUCAUCCUUGUGGUUCUGGAAGCUUCUAGCUUGUGGCAUCUGACCAAUUUUGAAUUGGUCCUUUCUAUAAAAUCAAUAUUUAUAAGGCU